UUGCGCGGCGAGUAGAACGUGUGGUGGUGGCGGAGAUCGCGUCUCCUCUUUUGCUCCCAGUCCCGCUGCUGUUCCAGAGUGUCCAGCGCGUUCAUCCCGUCCAUCGCCCGCAGCCUGUCGCCCAUCUGUCCCUCGUCUCGGGGACCUCUCACCAACGUCGCCAUCCACACUGACACUUCUAGCCCGGCCGGCCGCCCCACUGUCUGCCUUUCCUGCUCCACACAUGGCCUCCUCCGCGCAGAGCGGCGGCUCCUCCGGGGGACCAGCGGUCCCCACUGUGCAGCGGGGCAUCGUCAAGAUGGUUCUCUCAGGGUGUGCCAUCAUUGUCCGAGGUCAGCCCCGUGGUGGGCCUCCUCCUGAGAGGCAGAUCAAUCUUAGCAACAUUCGUGCUGGAAAUCUCGCCCGGCGGGCAGCUGCCACACAACCAGAUGCAAAAGACACCCCUGAUGAGCCCUGGGCAUUUCCUGCUCGAGAGUUUCUUCGCAAGAAGCUGAUUGGGAAGGAGGUCUGUUUCACGAUAGAAAACAAGACUCCCCAGGGGCGAGAGUAUGGCAUGAUCUACCUUGGAAAAGAUACUAGUGGGGAAAACAUUGCGGAGUCACUGGUUGCGGAGGGCUUGGCUACACGGAGAGAAGGCAUGAGAGCUAAUAACCCUGAACAGAACCGGCUUUCAGAAUACGAGGAACAAGCAAAAACAGCAAAGAAAGGGAUGUGGAGUGAGGGGAAUGGUGCACAUACCAUCCGGGACCUCAAGUAUACCAUUGAGAACCCAAGGCACUUUGUGGACUCACACCACCAGAAGCCUGUCAAUGCUAUCAUCGAGCACGUGCGGGAUGGCAGUGUGGUCAGGGCCCUGCUUCUCCCAGAUUACUACCUUGUUACAGUCAUGCUGUCAGGGAUCAAGUGCCCAACUUUUCGUCGUGAAGCAGAUGGCAGUGAAACACCAGAGCCUUUUGCUGCAGAAGCCAAAUUUUUCACUGAGUCGAGACUGCUUCAGAGAGAUGUUCAGAUCAUUCUGGAGAGCUGCCACAACCAGAACAUUCUGGGUACCAUCCUUCAUCCAAAUGGCAACAUCACUGAGCUUCUCCUGAAGGAAGGUUUUGCACGCUGUGUGGACUGGUCGAUUGCAGUUUACACACGGGGUGCAGAAAAGCUGAGAGCAGCUGAGAGGUUUGCUAAGGAGCGCAGGCUGAGAAUAUGGAGAGACUAUGUAGCUCCCACUGCUAAUUUGGACCAAAAGGACAAGCAGUUUGUUGCCAAGGUGAUGCAGGUUCUGAAUGCUGAUGCCAUUGUUGUGAAGCUCAAUUCUGGAGACUACAAGACCAUCCACCUGUCCAGCAUCCGACCACCGAGGCUGGAGGGAGAGAACACACAGGUGAGAGUAGGGAAGCAGCUGGACCUCUUUGCAAAAAAAAAAAAAGAUAAGGAGCUAGAGAAUUAGUUAAAUAUGGUACCUAAGAAUACAAAAGGAUAAGUAUUUUAAUUCCCCCACAGUAUUUCCCAGGCUUUUGUCCCACCGUUCUGCUGCAUUUUAUUUAGGGACUGUUGGCACUUCCUAAGGGGGCUGGAGAGCAGUUAGGGUUAAGAUAUGCAAGCUCGUGAGUUCACUUAUUAACAGGGUCUUAGCUUUCUGAGACUGAGGAGAGGAGAGUCUGUACCUCACCCACAUAGAAGUAGGGCUUGUUUCUACUGGUCAUUUUGAUAGUUCCUUAUGUUUUUGUACAAGGAAAAAAAUGAAUCUUUGUGUAUAUGCUCUCUAUGGUCACCUACUCAUCUUUUGCAAGUGCUCACUAUAAUUAGUUACACUGUUUGUUGAGUGUUCUGGCUGAAUAAGUGCUUGUAUGACUUGGAUGUAUCAGUUUUGAGAAAUUACUCUUUGAAUGAAAGCUCCAAUUGUUCUGUUUUAAAUUUGUGGUUAUUUCCUUUCCAUCUUUCUGAGUUAUGAGAGGUUGGGGAUAGGGAUUGAGAUUGAGUUGUGUCUUGGGUUUGGUUAUGUCUUGUUUUUACAGACAUCAUUCCCACUUCUCUGUUAUUGCCCUCUGCUAACUUAAGCGUCUGUUGAGUAGUUAUAAGAACUAGGUCAUUAGUGAGAGCCAGUGCCAAAGGCAAGUGUUUGUACAGUUUUCAGAAAUUAAACAUUGUGGUUGAAGUUAGUGCUGCAGACUAUCUACUUUUUAAUUUAUCCCUUUUGUAGUUCUAAACAUGUGAAAUUUGCUUUUCCAUUGUUUUGCACAUGCACAUGUUGUGGUGAAUUUACAAGUUGAGAUUCAUACCCUGUUUCCAUUUGUGUGAUAGUUUAUAGACAGCCCAUAAGAGUAAAAUAAAAAUAUCAUGAUUGUCUUUUGAAUCAGAUCAUGCAUAGAAAACACAUACAGGAUGAAUAAUUUCAAUGUCUGGCCAAUCAGUUUAUUCUCUCUUUUUUUUUUCCCUCUGUAGAGAAGGCAGUUUAAUGCUGCAAGCAGUGUUGUGGUAAGGUUGAGAAUUUAAAUGCACAAAAGCCUAGAAAUGCCAAAAUGAGGUUGUUUCAGUAAGUGUAGCUGUGCCUCAUUGCACAGAGUAAAUAUACAUCUCCAAUUUUAUCAGUAUUGGGAGUAGUCCACCAUUCUGCAUCUGUGCCCCACAGUUGGAAUUAAGGUUCCCACAGCAACCACAACUGUGAAAUUCUUGAAUGUUAAUUUUUGUGUCUGCAUCAUCAGCCAAAGCAUUAUGUUCAUGUAGAUUAUGUAGCUGAAUUUGAAGCAAUUUUUAGGGGACAAAGAGUGUUCUAACUUAGGUAGGAUAAGAACAGCUUAUCUGAAGGAAGAACUGACAUACUGAGAACUUUGAGUUUGUCCAGGAUUCUUUGGAGCUUCUCAGUAGAUGAAAGAUGCAUUUCCCUUAGCCUAGUGGCUGAUGGGAAGUUGUUGAAAUAUAUUUCCUGAUUUAAGUAGGAUCCUGAUUAUAUAAUUUUUUUGUUUUCUGCCAAAGUGAGUUACCUCUUUUUUCCUCAGCUCUUCUUUCUUUUUAAGAAUUUUUUUUACUGUUCACUCCUGAGAUCUUACUCCAUUUUAAAAAAGUUUUAAGUAGGUCUUAGCUAUAAUAAUCUAUAAUAUAUGGCUUUUGAGGGAAAUGAGGAGUGAUUCAUUAAAUUCCUUUGGAAAUGUAUACUGAUAGAUCCCAUCAGAAAUAAAGUUAUAUAACACACCUUUAGUAUGAUGGUAGAAGGCACCCUGGAGACUCAGUUGUGUUGGCCAUUCUGGGAAGACUUUCCAGAGCAACUAUUGUUCACUUGAGUGUUCAAGGACAAAAAGUGAGCAAAUGGAAGGAAGAGUACUCCAGGCCAGUACUGUCCAAUGGAUCUAUCAUGCAAGCCACACAAACCAGUUAUUUGUUUUAAAUUUUCAAGUAGCUACAUUUAGAAAAUAAAGUACACUAGCUUUCAUGUAUCAUAUUUGACUUCAAAUAUCCAAAAUAUUAUCAUUUCAACAUUAAAUGAAUAUUAAAACAUUAAUGAUAGUUUCUUUUUUUAUUUGUUUUACUAAGUCUUAGAAAUCUGGUAUGUGUUUUAUACUUGUACCAAAUCUAUAGCAUCUUUCAAGGACUCAAUAGCCACAUGAGGCUGGUAACUACUGUUAUGGUUAGCACAACUUUGUUGUUAGUAUUUACUGGUUGGCAGAUACUAUGCUGGAAUAUAGAAAGGAAUGAACAAAUACUUCUUUUCUCUGAUCUCAUGGAACUUAAAAGUCUAGUCAGGGGAAAUACACAAAUAAUUUCGUUUAUGUUAAGUGCUGUGGAAAAAAUUUAAAGUUUAGGGAGUGUGUAAGUUUCUUUGAGGAAGUGACAUUUGAGAUCUGAAGGGCAAUUAGGAGUUAGCUGUAUAGAAAGUGAGAAGAGACAAUUUUUGAUCUGGAAAGCAGUGAUGACAGGAAUUACACUAGUUUUGGGGAAUAGAAAAUGGAUAGCUACUGUAGAUGGUGUGUGAGUGGUAUGCUGCCUGUGUGAUAUGAAAUUAUACACUGGGUCAGAUCAUACGUGUCCUAUAAAUGUCUCUGGAUACUCAUGAAGGAAAAGAGAAUAUGGGCCUUUUGAUGAGCUGCAAGAAAUUUUGUGUGACUAGAAUAGAGGACAGCUAAAUGUUAGGGAGUAAUAAGAAAAGCAUUUGGCAGUUAGGCAGGGAGCAGGUAUUGUACACCAUGCUUUUUAGGCUUUGUCUUGAAGAAUUUUAAGCUGGGGAAUGUCAUGUUUGGAUUUAAGAACUCUUGUGUUGGUGGUUUGAAUUUACAAAAUAGGAAAGUAAUUUGUAUUUGUAAGAAAAGAUCAUACCAGGUCAAAACUGAUUUGUAGCAAUGAGUUCUGGUUUUACUUUUGAUAAGCUUCAGUUGACCAAAGGCCUGGGGGAGAAUGGUGCAAAGAAUGGAAACUGAAGAUGAUGCUCUAACAGUGUUUAUCCUGGAGGAUUCAGAGUAGUUGCCUUUCUACUUUCCCCAGAGCUCUUAUAGAGAGUGCAAGAUUCUAUUCUAUGCUUAUUCAAAAGUUAACAAAGAUUUGCAAUAUGGGUGCAGAACAAAAAAUUAUCUCAGGUUCCCUGUAACUAAUUAUAUGUGAAGCCUGGGCAAUAGGCAUUCCCUCCUAGUCCUGGGUUUCCAGUUUCCUUUAUUACAUUCCACAGCUACAUGGGAAACCCAGGCAGGUAUUCAAGGUAAAGCUGUUGGGGUCAUACCUCUGUUAGCCUCCAUGAUACCUUUGUGCAAAUUAGAGAAGGGUGCUCCUUCCUCCAGAGAGCCUCAUGUCAGGGCACAUGCUUGGCAAACAGAAUGGAGGCUGAACUUCAGCUUGUUCUCUCUUUGUUUCUUUGGUCAGGUGCCCUUGUGCAAGAGACAGUAUAUGCAGGAGUAUGUUCCUGCUGUAGUUAGAAUAGGGCUGAUAGAAUCUCUUGAGGACCAUACUGAGGGUGUAUGUUGGGAAUUGGGUAGUGGUCUUGUAGUUGUAGAAACACAGAGUGCUUGAGGAUUGUUUGGAGAUGAAGGUAGGUGCAGAUGGAUUGUGGAGGGCCUUGAAACAAACACUUGGAAGAUUACCUUCUUUCUAGUUACUAGGCACUUUUUGGGUGGGGGGAGGUGGGAGUCAGUGGCUUUGAAAUAGAGAAGAUAAUCUGAUUGUUUAUGGAAUUGGAGUCUUUUCUGAACCAAAGACACAAAUGGGAGAGUGUGUAAAAAGGAACUGUGAGUAUCCUCAAGGCAGUGAUUCCCACCCAUGGGGAGGCCUCCCUGAGCCUCAAAUGAGGACCCAAUGAGACUUGCCCUUCAAGAAAGCAGGGAGGAUGCUCAUUCACUGUUUCUCUUCCUCAUGCUCUAGAAACUAGUAGCCUGUUGUCAGCUAUAGAUCUCUUGAGACAUCUAUAAAUUUGGGGGAUAAUAGGGCAAAUUGGAUUUUUCUUUCUGCACACAGAUACAAGUUCAUUUUUCUUAAAUUAUACAGGAAGACAAGGCCUUGCCCAAAGCCAGCUAUAUACCUCCACUCCUCCUUUUAUGUUAUUUUCUAAUUGGAGCCAGAAGAAGUGCUUGGACAAGGCAUUGUUAUCAGAGGAAGUAUUUUCACCCAAGGCAGCUGUUUUAUAUAUAUUGCCC